AUGGAGUCUGAAAACAGUGCCUCGGAGAGUAUGCAGAGUCCCGGUUUCCUGGUGAGCUGCAUUCUAGGGGGGGCCUUCCUCGGGGUUUCCGUGUUGGCCUUCCACUUUGGAGCGCCGGUGCCGCUUCUAAACCAGCUCUCCUCAAUCCUGCCGGUGGUUGGUAAAUGGAAAAGGAGAAAGAAGAGACCAGUGCGUGUCUACAUGGAUGGAUGCUUUGACAUGAUGCACUACGGUCAUUGCAACGCCCUGCGUCAAGCCCGAGCUCUUGGUGAUGAGCUUGUCGUGGGAGUCGUCAGUGACGACGAGAUCAUCGCCAACAAGGGUCCUCCCGUUACCCCAUUGAACGAGAGGUGAGAUAUUGUAUUUCAACGCUCAUAUUUGGUAAACUUCACCACCCAAAAAAAAUACUUACAAUAAUCCUGAAGAUUACAGAUAGUGGAACUAGAAUAUUAGGUCAAUUCACCUCCCCCAACCCCCCUCUUGGUUCCUUGUGCUGCCUUAAUUUAGUGAACAAACUAUAGUGAUUAAAAAAAUUAAUCUACGAUACAUUCAAAGAUCAUUUAGAAUUCAAGGCGAUUAAACUUUUAGUUCUUAUCGUUAACAAAAAACCUAGAUUGCAACAUUAUAUAUUCACAUCGUACUAUUAGCAAGAGAAUAUUAUUCAUGUUCUUGUCUUUUCCCGCUCUUGCAGCUGUCACUAUUUAAUUUCUGGUGUAAUUAUAUUUUUUGGAGAGUUUUAAAUUGUGAUUUGUUUUCAGGUAUGCCCAUUUAAUGAGAAUUGCAUAUUUUUCCAAAAUUUCCUCUCACUUGCCCGCCUUGAUCUUCUGUAAUAAUUUUUCCUUCUUGGUUUAUAUCUUCGCAUGCAUUUGUUUAUGCAUGUCGUCAAUUCCUCUGGGGUGCCCUUCAUCCUAGAAAAAGUAUAUAUAUGUUCUCGCGUGCCCAUAUCCAUAGAUGUUGGAACUUCUUGUCUUGUUGAGAAAAGAUGUAGGCAGAAAUAUUUUAGAAAUCCGGUAUCCUAAAAAUUCGAAGGGAAGUAGCCUUCAUGUGAAAUUGUAACAGAUUAUCCAGGGGAAAAUCACUUUCUAUUACGAUUACUGUCAUUCAGUGAAUUGACCCCAUAGAAGUUUAGUUCCUGCUUCAUCCCAAGAUAUUUAGCAACUAUUUAUAACCCUAUGAAGGAGGAAAUGAAUUUUUUUUCUGUUUACUAUCUUUGUAUUUAGAAUGGAUACUUCAUCGUAUCUGAUUUUCCUUUCAGACAUAUUCCUUUCUCUGAAACACUUCCUUUACAAAAUAUUGCACUAUUUAUGGAUGCCUAGUUGGACUUAUUUUCCUUCAGGUUAAUGGAGGUAAGUCAUUUUUUCUAUUUUUAGUUUAAUCGGUUUUUCAAAAUUUAUAUAUUUAACGAGUGAAUGUCUCUAGGAGGUUGGAAAGUUCCUUUUUCUAUACGUGUAAGCUGGUUGUUUCGUAUCUUAGUCACUCAGUAAAAUUAUGCCUCUUCUUUCGUGUACAUUUAUAUUAUUUCAUUCAUUGCAGGAUAAUAAUGGUGGGUGCCGUGAAGUGGGUAGACCAGGUUAUUCCAGAUGCCCCUUACGCAAUCACUGAAGAGUUUAUGAAAAAGUUGUUCAAUGAAUAUAACAUCGACUAUAUCAUCCAUGGGGAUGACCCUUGUCUUCUUCCAGAUGGCACUGAUGCUUAUGCCCUUGCCAAAAAGGCUGGCCGAUAUAAGCAGAUCAAGAGAACUGAAGGGGUAUCAAGCACAGACAUUGUUGGUAUGGGAGGCUGCUCUUCUUUCGCUUAAGACUCUAACCUAUUAGUUCCUUAAGCUCUCUCUUGUGUUCACCAUCUCAAACCAAAUCAUUUCCUGCCCUGGGGAUUUAUACUGAAAUUUUUUUGGCACCAUCUGGGGUUUACACAGUCGUAUUGCAAGAAAUGCUAUUUUUUAAUCAUUGAUGAUAAAUAGUCCUUUAUCAUUAUUAGUAUUGCUAUCAUUUUGAGCUGUGCUGAGAUGUAUUGAAUAAUAUAUGUAGGUAUUAUCAUCCUUUUCUUGGAAGAUAUAACGUUAAAAAGAAAGUUAGAGCUCCUUGUGUUACUUUCUCAUUUGAAAACUGUCGCUCUGGAAGUUGCCCAAUUGAUUAUUUUCUAUCCACUCUAGAACUUGAUCAUAUGUUCUUUUUUCUUUUUUUCUUUUUUUUUAUGCAUCCAAGUGGUAUUGGUAAAAAUAAUAGUUUAUUAUUGACAGGUCGGAUGCUUCUUUGCGUAAGAGAGAGAUCUCUUGGCGAUACUCAUAAUCAUUCUUCCCUACAGAGGCAGUUCAGUCAUGGGCACAACCAAAAGUUUGAGGACGGUGGGUCCGGCAAUGGAACACGGGUAUCUCAUUUCUUGCCCACGUCUAGGCGAAUUGUACAGUUCUCAAAUGGGAAGGUAACCUUUCAUUUUUUAUGUACGGAUUCUUUUACAUAUGUGGUUGUCGGGCUAAAAUUAUGGGUACGAGGAAAGGCUUCAAUCAACGCAUUUUGGUGAUUUCAACUUUCAUGCGAUGGACAUCCUUUUUCUCUCUCAAAUUUGACCAAGAGGCUCUUACAAAAUCCUUGCCUACCACCAUCUGGUGAAUCGUUGCUACCGUUUCUUCCUCUCAUAGACCUCUAGCUGUUGACCUUCCCCACCCAGUCCAUCCUUUCCCCCUUGAAAUUGGGGGGAAUUGGGUUUUGGUUUGGUGUCCUACUAGUCCAUUGGCUGGCUUUGGGUAAUACGUUAUCAGAAAUUCGACUUGAAUACAAUGCACGGGCUUCGGUUGAAAUUUAUUUCCUUCCCACACUGCUGGUAGCUUCCACCAUACAGGCUUUUCACACACUUGCUUAGACUAGUCUGCUGUGGCCUUCUGACUUCCUUGAGAUGCUAGUUGCAAGUGACUCACACUAUGGAUGAUAAGCCAAGGAAUUUUCUGCUGGACGAGCGAAUCAUGUAUGAUGUUGUCGGUGGAAUUGGUUGGUUCCUUAUCGUGAACAGAUGGUAUUGGCUGUAUCUAUCAAGUUAAGGUAUGAUAGAGACUGUUGGGAUUAGUUGUGCAUGGGAAAUUAAUGUGUGUAGAUUAGAGCUUAUUUAUUUGUUGAUAUAUUAUACUUGAUCAUCUGGGGGACCUCUCUUUUCCUAGAUUUUUUAUAACUAGAAGAAUUGCAUUAUUUACUUGUCGCGUGUUGGUGCAUCUCUGCAUUAUCUUCCUUGUCGUAUGGUUUCCGUGAUUUUUUAAGUGAAUUUUGAUCGUUCGCUAAUUGGCAAACCGUUCCUUGCAUUAAGAAUCAAUGUCCUUUCUGUACUUUGCAGGGGCCGGGACCAGAUGCUCGUAUAGUUUAUAUAGAUGGUGCCUUCGAUCUGUUUCAUGCUGGACAUGUGGAGGUAUAGCUUUUUCUUUGCUCUUCUUGGGUCAUGAUAUAUGAUAUGAAAUUUGGAUGUGGACCCGAGUAUUCUUUACUAAAAACAGCAAAUUGAUAGCGGCAUGCUUGCUAGAUAUCAAGCACACUUGUCAGAUAUCAAGCACACUUGAUAGCGGCAUGCUUGCUAGAUAUGAACUUUUUCAAACAUGACGAGCACCUUGUUAGAUAUCAAGCACACUUUUUUUUUUUUUAAAAUGUCAAGUUGAUUCUGGUUAUAAACGUGAAUCAUGUGGGAAAACUAAGAUUGAUAACAUUGUGAUACGGACAACUUUGUCACACAGGAGUCAAACUCUAAGUCAAGAUAGGCUAUGAAUCUGUUUCAGUUAAGCAAUUUUUUUCAUGCUGCAAAAGGUUCUAGAGUGUCCUUCGCUGUCUCCUUGUCAGCCUGAUCAUAGGCUCCGGACAGAAUUUCUCCAUUUGUAUAGACUUCUUGAUGAUGACCAAUUUUUAGGUAAAAAUCUAUAUCAAUGGGGUAAGACGAUGUUAUUUGGACAUCAAUUUCCGCCGUCCAAAAAAAUGAUUUUGUACUUGUUUUCGUUCUUACCUUCAAUAUAUUGAUGACUCCAUUUGCUCACAGAUAUUGAGGCUUGCCCGAGGGCUUGGAGAUUUUCUGCUCGUUGGAAUUCACACAGAUCAAACAGUCAGGUUUCAUCCUUCGCUCUCAUUUCUGUUUUUCUCUAUUCCAGUUGGGCCAUUUUCUUGGGACCCUCAUAUUUAGUCUCCACGGGUUGACAUUAUCAUCCCCACCUGGCCGAAUAGUGAGCACAGAACUGUCCAUUCUUGCAUACAACAGCAUUGACUGAGCUUUCUUUUUCUUGUGGAAAGAAAUCACUGCCGACUGCUGCAUAUCUCAUUAAGCAUGAUAAUCGAGGUAUUAAUCUCACGUAAUGGUUGCUGCAGUGCUCAUAGAGGAGCCCAUCGUCCCAUUAUGAAUCUUCAUGAACGGAGCUUGAGUGUCUUAGCCUGCCGCUAUGUAGACGAGGUGAUCAUUGGGGCACCGUGGGAGGUGUCGAAAGAUAUGGUUGGUGCCUGCUUUUCAGUUUCUUUCCUACCUUUUUUUUUUUUUUUUUUUGAGAUGUUUGUGAAGAUGUCGAUAUUUCUAGAAAAUAUUGCAAAACGAAUGAAGCAUGCUGCAGGAUUGCAUCUAAAACCGAAAUAUAUUUGACCAUUUUGUGAGACAUGACAGAUCUUACCCAAUCCUUUUCCAUCUAUCGUCUAUGGAAAGUUGACAAUUUUCAUCCUUGUUUGACUUGUUGGACCCAUGCGUCUGGGUCUCACUGUCUGCCACGGACUGUGGCUAUAUCUUCUCAGCAUCUUCAAAAGCUUUAGCCUUUCUUCUCCAGCUACGAUUUUACUCUCAGAUGCAUCUAUUUUUUUAAUAACCCAUGUUUUUAGUACUCUUCUCCGUGUUGCUGAAAGUUCUAUCUUUCCAAACUCUGCUUUGCCGCAGAUGACAACCUUCAACAUCUCUCUGGUCGUUCAUGGAACAGUUUCUGAGUACAAAGACGUCCAUAAGGUAACUCAGAUAGCCCUGGUAUGAUCCGAUUUCAGGCAUACUGCAGCCCUAAUGCCUGCCUGCCUGCCUGCUUCCCUUCCUUCUUCUGGAAAUGUGGUUCCAUUCCAGGAGAACUCCAACCCCUACGCCGUUCCAAUCUCUAUGGGCCUCUACAGACAGCUUGAGAGCCCGCUGGACAUCACGACCAGCACGAUCAUCAGGAGGAUCGUCUCUAAUCACGAAGCCUAUCAGGUAUCUCUCUCUCUCUCUCUCUCUCUCUCUCUCUCUCUCUCUCUCUCUCUCUCUCUCUCUCUCUCUCUCUCUCUCUUUAUCUCUAUAUAUAUAUAUAUUUCUUACCCACCUUCCAUUUAAGGAAAAUUUCUCUCUCUUGAUCAAGAAUGGGUCCUCGUUGAUCUCCUGCAGAAGCGAAACGAGAAGAAGGAAGAGAGUGAGAGGAAGUACUACGAGAACAAGGCUUUUGUAGCGGGCGACUGA